AUGGCCCCAGGCUGCAUCGUCGUCUAUCUCGACGCCAAGGACUCCUCUGGCUUCAAGAGCCUCGAGAAAUGGCUGGCUACCGUACGCACCGCCAUCCCCGGUGUACAAGUCACAAUGAAGCUUGAAGCGACCGAUACAGUGGACGAAUCAGAGCGCCCUUACCGCCUGGAAUAUCUCCUUCAAGUCGCCGACAUCGACAACAUCCAGGACAGCACCAUCGAAUCUCUCCGCGCAUCCGCGAAAGACCUCCUCACCCGCUCAGACUGGAACCUCUUCCGCAGCAUUUCCUUCGACAAGAAGCCCGACUUCGAUGCUUCCGUCACACCGCCCCUCAACAUGCAGCUCGUGCAAGUGGGCAUGGCGCCUCGCAACGAUCCAGACAACAUCGCUGACUACCACAACUGGUACAAGACUGAGCACAUGCCAUUCCUAGCCCAAGUCCCGGGCUGGCAGGUGGGGAACAGGUACGAGUUCGUGCGAGCGGUGGGCGAUAAAGCGGAGAUUGUAAGGCCGUUCUUAGCGGCUCAUUUGUAUGAUGAGGUUAAUGGGCUGGGAGGGCCCGAGUGGAGGAAGAGUGUGGAUUCGCAGUAUACGAAGAGGGUGCAGAAGAACUGUGUGGAGCCGAAUCAUCGGAGGACGUGGAAGGUUGUUGGUUGA